GGCGCAUCGUCCCGCGAAGUGACUCGUUGCGCGUUUCGCGGGUUUCGUCAGGAAUUUACGGCAGAUCCCGAGGUCCUCUUCCGUCCCCGAAACGGCUCACGAGGAACGAUGAAUGGAACAAUGGCUAUGGCACCGACGUCACAAAACAGUGCGGAGCCACCGGCGAAGAAGGCCAAAGUGGAAGAUGUUACAGCGGAGAGACAGUACAGAAUCCGUGGCCUACGACUGAGCUGUGAUCAUGAACGUGCGCCAAACAAUGAAAGACUACAUUCGUUGAACAGAACAAAUCAGAGUUUAACAAACUCCCACUGAUACCGUAUCUAUUGCCGAGUACGAUGCAUACUUUAGAUAGGUCAGCAUUUUAGGGCUUAGAGUUUCUCUGUUCCUGAUUAUGAGCCUCUUUCGGAGGAUAGGCGCCACUUUAAUUCCACCGUUGUGAACAAUAAUAUGUGAAAUCUUAUCUUUAUCAAUAUGUACGGCAUAAUAACGAUUAAGAGACAUUUUUUUAUGUAUAUGAUUAUCUCGUGGAGAUAUUACUGUCAAAAGAGUGAUACCUCUACCUGCAAAUAUCAACGUAUCUAGAGGCUCGUAAUCGGGAGUGGCAAUGGCGAAGGGUGUAUAUAUUAAAUUUGUCAUAUAUCUAUCGAACAUGCAUUUAUAUUAUAUUUGCAUUAGGUGAUAAUGUCGAUAAGUCCCAACACUUGGACGUCGAUAUAGCCAUGGAUGUGGCUUAGAGAUUCUAAUUGAAUCUCUUUCAAAUAUGACAUGAUGAGAACGUGAUAUCCACUCCCGUUACGCCUUCGUCUUGACAUUUUAUUCUGCCAUCGCUAAGCAGUAUAUACGCGCUAAUUCGAGACAUGUUAUAACGAUGUCCGAGUGUGCAUGUAGGCGAUGCGAGUGAAAAAAAGAAAUUGACCGCAAAUGCGAUUUAGUAUUACGUGACGUUGAACCGUUGAGUAAUCGCAUUCUGGAUAUUAAUCGUGGAAAAAGAAAAGAAAUUCACGUAUCCGCAUUUAAAGAUCUCGCCAUUGCUACGUGAAAAUUUGUUAGGUUGAAAAGUGGUAGGUUGGAGAAGGCAAAGACUAAGAAUAUGGCGCAGAAAAUGCACUGAGAGUAUUCUCCUUUGCUUUGUGCUUACAGAUUUGUGCGUCGCCUCAAUCUCGGAUAAUUUGCGCACAACCGUCAUUGCUCAGCCCAGAACACGGUUAGCUGUAAAUCGAAUGAUCGCACAAAACUUUAAGAGCCUUUUUUAAUUCAUGAAAAAGUCGAACUGACUUCUGUUUUUCUGUUUCUGAUUUCUGUUUCAGAGACUAGCAGACCAAAUUGGUUAUGAAACCUAAUCUAAUUAUGACUAGUCUGAUUUUUGGGGCUGAUUGUGCAAACAGUACUUAAAGCUCAAAUUUAAAUAAGACACUCCUCGGCUAAUGACUAAUUUUUAUCAAAGUUUAAUGCAUAUGAAUAAUGUUCGGUCCAUCUAUUUUCUCUUACAAGUCGUAUCGUUUCUGACAAAAUUUCUUAUCUUGUGGUCUUCGUACAAUCUACGCUCUGUUUCUUCCAAUAGCAUGCAUCAAACGAGAGAUACUUCUUCGUUUCGAUGUUUGCAUAAAUAUAUGGUUUUCAUAUAUACAUUUUGCAUACAUAUCUCUACAAUACAUCCACAUGCACACAUCAACACACACCCAUACAACCAUAUUUAUUAAAAGAGUUGUAAUAUUCCUUGAUCGUUUUAAUUUCUGUGAACUUACAGUUUGGAGGACGGUUUUAUCAUAGCAGCUUCUGGCAUGGCGUCACGGUACUCCCGUGUUAAGAAAGAUAUUCCACAAUACGAAUAAGAAUAAUGCGCCCGCAUACAUCAAUGCGACUAAUAGAAGUUUUACUAGCCUAGGGAAAUAGGUCAUCCAGCUGUUAUACAUCUCCGUGUACGAAUCUGUACAUAUAUAAAUGUUUUCCCCAAAGAUUGGUUAAAACAAACGUCUGAUUGCUGAGACAGCAGUUAUUUUUACAUUAAAUAAUGAAAAAAAGAGUUUUCAUGAAUUGGAUUCUAAAAAUGUGAAAUAAAUGGCCACCCAAUUUGCUAACGAGAGAAAGAAAGUAAUCCUUAAUCCAUCGAUUGAAUCAUUAAGAAAUAACUUGGUGGCGUAACUGAUUCUAUUUAAAAAUGAAAUGUUUGAAAUAUCAUUAAUACUUCUAUAUCCAUCCUUAAUGCCAACUGUCUAAUGCAUAAUUUCUUUAUAGGAAAUGCAUCAGAGUUCUUAUCAGGCCCCAUAUAUGAUCUCAAUCAAAUCGGCCAAGUCGUUGCUGGACCUGGCGCCAAAUAUCUGACACUGCCUGGAAUAUUAGGAGCUGGUCUACCGAAAAUUACUUCCGAGCAACAAGACACUGUAAAUAGAGCGAAGAAGUAUGCGAUGGAGCAAAGCAUUAAGAUGGUCCUCAUGAAGCAGACCUUGGCCCAUCAACAACAGCAAAUGGCUAGUCAACGGAAUCAGGUGCAAAGACAGCAGGCUCUCGCUCUCAUGUGCAGGGUUUAUGUGGGCAGCAUCAGUUUUGAGUUGAAAGAAGAUACAAUCAGGCAAGCUUUCUUGCCAUUCGGACCGAUCAAGUCCAUCAAUAUGUCUUGGGAUCCCGUUACGCAGAAGCACAAGGGCUUCGCCUUUGUCGAAUACGAGAUACCCGAAGCCGCGCAACUUGCUUUGGAGCAAAUGAACGGUGUCAUGAUCGGUGGCCGCAACAUCAAGGUCGUGGGACGUCCAUCCAAUAUGCCACAAGCGCAAUCUGUGAUCGACGAGAUCACCGAGGAGAGCAAACAUUAUAAUCGCAUUUAUAUCGCGUCGAUACACCAAGACCUGACGGAAGACGACAUCAAGUCAGUUUUCGAGGCAUUCGGGCCGAUCACAUAUUGCAAACUUGCACAAGGCAGUUCGCCCCAUCGACACAAAGGUUACGGCUUUAUCGAGUAUGAGACAAUGCAAGCUGCGCUGGAGGCCAUCGCCUCCAUGAACUUGUUCGAUUUGGGUGGCCAGUAUUUGAGAGUAGGGAGAGCCAUAACGCCGCCGAAUGCACUCAUGGGACCACCCAGUGGUACUAGCAUGAUGCCGACUGCGGCCGCGGUGGCCGCAGCAGCCGCGACAGCAAAGAUUCAAGCGAUGGACGCGGUUGCCAGUAACGCGGUCGCGUUAGGUCUCACUAAACUUGGGGCUGCCGCACCACCAAUCCUGAAUCAAACGCUUCCUGGCGUAGUACGACCUACUAUAGCACCUGCAGCGAUAAUGGCACCACCGACGGUGGCAACAGUAGCGCCAGUGAUACCUCCACCCGGCAUAGCCAUACCGCAAACCUUAACGCGACCGCCCGCUAUUAUCCAACCGAUUCCUGGCCAACCGGUCGUUAUACCACCUCCUGCUGUUGUCGCGCCUACAAUUGUCGGCACGCCAAUUAUACCAGUUACAACAACUGCAAAUUCCGAUAUUAUGAGGCGAGCGCAGGAACAAGCGGCUCAUCAGAAACAACAGGAAGAAUUACAGAAGAAACUCUUAGAGGAAACGGAACCACAGACGUUGCAGCAGCAAGAGAAUAUGUCAAUCAAGGGCCAGAGCGCGCGUCAUCUCGUCAUGCAGAAGCUUAUGCGUAAAGUUGAGUCCCGAGUCGUUAUUUUAAGAAAUAUGGUGGCACCGGAGGAUGUGGACGAGACCCUACAGGAGGAGAUUCAGGACGAGUGCUCCAAGUUCGGUGUGGUCGUACGGGUUAUUAUUUAUAAAGAGAGACAGUCCGAGGAUGACGAAAACGCGGAAGUCAUCGUAAAGAUAUUCGUCGAAUUCGCCGAAAUGAACGAAGCGGAACGAGCAAGAGAUUCGCUGAACGGUCGUUAUUUCGGCGGACGACUGGUCAAGGGGGAACUGUACGAUCAAGCCCUGUUUGAUAAUAGUGAUUUUUCUGGUUGAUGCGCAGAAUGCUCUCGUUUGCUAUGCAUUAAGUUUUUAUCAAUUUAAUUCGUAUAAGAAAAACUUGACGUUGACUGACAGCUUGAUUUUUAUUGUUUAAACUACUAUUUAUAACGAAAUCUUAGAAUCACGCGUUGGGCAGUCAAAAAAGUCACACGAUCACGGCUCCAAUCGUAAGUUUGUAGUAACCAAGUCGCAAAAUGUAAUUAGAAACUGCACAGCGCGAUCUGGAGCAGAAGAUAAUUCAAGUUUAUCAAAUGUGAUUUAGAAUGUCAUACGUUCAACUUCUUUUUUCCUCCCCUCAUGUAAAACGAAACUUUAUACCAUAUCUACGUUAUUCGUUUCGUGUCACGGGCAACCGCAAUUGCAAACUUAGAGUCGUAGAGUAUAUCGAGAAAUGAAUAUUUCGUACACCUACCCAGUAUAUAGUACCUUUUGUUAUAAUUUUGCGCCGAGAAUGAUUGUAUAUGAAAGCGAUAGAUCUUCAUUUACAUGUAUAGAAAAGAAUAGAAUAUUAAUAAUAAAUCAUUUUUCAUAUACAGAGUGA